UACAUGUCCGUCUGUAUUUUUACUGCAAUUAUUAGUUAGCAUGCUGCAUGUUUACAACAUAAUGAGUUACGUUGGUAGGACAUUUUAAACUGCGUGUCAUAAUGGUGUAUACGUUUAUAACUUUUACAUUUUGACCACUUAUGUGAAGUAACUAUAUCCUUGCCUAAGUACAUUUGUCUUAAGUAAUUUCCUGCAACUUCUCCAUACUGUUGUUAUACAUUUACAUAUUGUAACAAUUCUCAAUUGUAUUUAACUUGCAAACUGACUUUUAAAUGCAAUGCUUGUCUUUUUCUGUUGACCUCUGAUAAUAGAGAACAUCUCUAUUUGAUAAGGGGGCGACCUAAUUAACUCAAAGCGAUCAAGGCAGAUUCGCCUGAUCUAAAAUAGGAAAUGCUGUAAUGACGAGGCGCUCCUUCUCAACACAUUGUAUUGUUAAUGCCCUCAAGACCUGACAAGACCAGUGUGUUGAGGUCAUUCAGGCAUAAGCCGCUAUAAGUGUUCGUCACCACCACUGCCUCAGCUCAGGCAGAAGGGAUUAAGGCAUGUACUUGGAAGGAGAAACGAGAGGCUUUUCUUAAUCUGCAUAGGUUCUUAAUACCUGCCAGGAUGGAUCUUGGUAAGGCAAAGCUGCUUCGGACGGGUCUCAACACUCUACAUCAAGCUAUCCACCCUGUGCACGGGAUAGCAUGGACAGACGGCAAGCAGGUCUGCCUGACAUCUCUUUUCUUCGUCAAUGGCGAGGUGCAUUUCGGGGACACUAACGUAAUUGGGCAGUUUGAGCAUGUCCUUGGGCUCUUUUGGGGCCCGCUGUGCUGCUCUGACUCUCCUGCCUUGCUGGCUGUUCAGCACAAGAAACAUGUUACCAUGUGGCAACUGCAGCUCAGUGCGCUGGAGCAGAACAAACUGCUGUGCACUCAGACCUGUGAGAUGAGCGAGCCCUUCCCCUUGCUCUCCCAAGGCUGUGUGUGGCAUCCUAAAUUGGACAUUCUGGCUGUGCUGACCAAGAAGGACACUAAUGUGCUUUUUUCUGUCAGGGUGGACAACAGGAGAAUUAAAGCGGAUAUUAAAGGUAGUGGACUUAUCCACUGUGCAUGUUGGACUAAGGAUGGUACGCGCCUGGUAGUGGCUAUAGGAAGCUCUCUACACUCUUACAUCUGGAAUGACAUCCAGAAGAGUCUUGCUGCCUGCUCUUUUUGCCCCAUUUUUGAUGUAGGAGGCUACAUAUGUGCUAUCGAGGCCACGGGAGAGGCUCAAGUAGCUGUAGCUACAGAGCUGCCUCUGGAUAAAAUAUGUGGGUUAAAUGCAGGCAUGGCCUUCGAAAUACAGCCAGAGGCAGAGUCUGUGCAGGGUGACGGGUCUAAUUUGUCAGAAGAAGACAUUCCUCUGGACUCGAGAAGACGGUCUUUUGAUUCAGAUAGGUCAUACGUCCCUUGUUCAGGCCCCUUAGAUCUCACCCACCUCCUGGCCAGGCAUCGUCGCUCUGACCCCAGCCCCAUUAUUCACCUGCGUCGCAGAGACACCUUGACAGGCACUGGUCAGGACUCCUCAUACCUCAUCCUGGUCACCUAUGAGCGUAAAGUCACCACAAGUCGCAAAGUCAGUAUCCCAGGUAUUUUGGUUCCAGACAUUGUGGCCUUUGACCCACGUGGCUCCACCGUCGCCGUGGCUUCCAACACCUGCAACAUGGUGCUUGUGUAUUGCAUUACAGCCUCUGCCAUGCCGAACAUUCAGCAGAUCUCUCUGCAGACAAACGAGAAACCUAAAGGAGUGUGCUUCCUCAAUGACAAGAUGCUGCUGUUGAUGGUGGGCAAGCAGAAGUCCAAUGACCCUGCCUUUCUGCCAUCGUCUAACACGGAUAAAUAUAUUCUUCGACUCAUAGUUAAAGAGCUGAUGCUUGAUGGUGAAACUUCUGUCCCACCUUCCCCCUCUCCUCUCAACCAUGAGUCACCUUCAAAUUUCUUCGCAGGGAUUAGAAGGCACUCAGAGCACCAGUCCAAGGAUAACAGGGAGCACAGAGGGAUAAAGGAUUUGGUGUUGCCUGGAGGGGGAGUUGUUCGCUCACCAGGCAACAGGCGUAGGCUGGUGGAGGAAGUGAGGAGUGGCGAGCCCAGCCCCGUCACCAGCUCCGUUGAGUUCUUUGAGCAGACAUCAGCCACAUCCAGUGCCUCCUCCAUCACAGUUGAGAAUUUUGACAUGGAGCAUGUCAACCGCAUGACCAGCCUGGCAGUGGCCGGCCAGCCCAGCAGGGACCCCAGCCGGACCAACUCUCCUCGCCCCGAGCCGGUGGACAAACUCCACACAGAUGCCACACUGCCAAUGGCUGAAAAGACACCAAGCCAGGCCAAGGAGCGCACGCUGGAGCAGCUCGUUCAUAACAUGGAGAGGCUUUUUACUCGCUUUGCAGAUGUACAACAGUGCAUGGGAGAAAUCAGAGAUUAUAACCAGAAUGGCAAGAAGGCCCUGAGUGUCUACCCCACUGCCUCUGAACCCCCCUACGUCAAUGUCACAUGUCAGAAGCAGUUAUCAGAAAAUGUUUUCAUUGAUGAGCGGAGGCCAGUGCUGCUGUGUGACGGGAAGCUGUGUCUGCGUGCCCUCCAAGAGCUCUUCAACCUCACCAUUGUUGAGAUGACAUAUGGUCCAUUGUGGAUUGUGCUUGUAGCAGAUGCAGACGGCUUUGUGCCUCUGACGUUCAAGCCCAAAGAGGAACUCACAGUGCGCAAUGGGAAGCGAAAAAGUAUGCUACGUACUCCUGGGAGUCCAGAUAACUCCGUCCCCUCCAGUCCGGCCCCCUUCCAGACCUCCAACACAACCUCAGAAUUCUCUUAACACACAAAAUGAAGUAUAAUUGUUUCUGAAAUAUAUCUGACUCCAUCCAAAAGGCAAUAGGUAUGGCACAAAUGCUUCAGCUAUGCAGAUAACCAGUGUUUUAUAAAUACUUAUUUACAAUUACAUCUAUUUUUCUAUUCUCUGUAUAAAAGGGCUGCCUAUUCAUAUUGAACGUGUUGCUGCUUUAAAAAGAAAGCCUACCUGAAAGAAGUUUGAGCUCCAUGUCAUGUUUUUUUAUUUUAUUUGUUUUUUGACGGAAUGCAGUGCUCUACUUCCUGAUAUGUUUUAUGAAUGCUGCUGUCCUGGUAGGAAAACCGAUAGAAGUAACACUUAUGAUGUAUAUUUGUAUUGGAAUGUAUUUGUGAUAACUGCUGCAUUAGAGAAAUUCAGAUUUUACCCAUCAAAUCUCUGGAUUGGCACUUGGCUGAAUAGUCCCACUCAAAUUAAUGUUUCACCAAGUGUAAUUUAACCUUGUUACAUAACACUCAGCUUUACAUUUUAUUAUAUUUAAAAUAUGAAUCACUUCUGAAUAUUUAUAAUGCCAAGCUCUGUAUCACAACUGACCACUGGAGGGGGCAAGACUCAACAGAAACACUGGUUACAAAGAUUCUACAGAAGACCAGAUAAGUGUAAAUGUACCUUCUUGAGAAAUAUAUAUAUUUUGACCCUUUGAAUAUUAAAUAUCAUAAAACAUGUGCA